UUAUUUGAAAUAGUUAUGUGUCUUCGUGGAUUCCUUAAUCCGAUUAUAUUACGAAUAGUGGUUAUACACUAAACAAAUAGGUAUUCUAUGAAAAAGAAAAAUAAGUUAUUGUGAUGGACAAGCCACCGAUUGAUAAGACAAGAGAAGAGGUUGAGGCCGAACGAAAAGCUAAGCGAGCAGCUAAACAAGAACGAAAGAAAGCUGCACUUGAAAAACAAAAAUCUGAUGGUUUCGAUCAAGAAAAUCAACAUAAAAACAAAAAUUCAUCUUCUGAACAAUCUAAAUAUACUAAUGCUAAUGAACCUGCUAAAAUACCAAAACCGAAAACAAAUCUUCCUAAGGCAGUACCCAAGAAACAACUUACUCAAAAAACAGAAGCUUCUAAAAAAACAAUUAACAUUAAAAAUAAGGAAAAUAAUAUUGAUAAAAAAGUUGAAGAAGUAAAAGAUAUUAAAUCAGUAAAUCUAGCAAAAAAACCUUUAGGAACAAUGACACAUAAAGUUAAACUUUUCAACCAUCUUUAUACUGAUUCAGUGUCUUUGCUGAUGGAAAAUAAAUUAAAGAUAAAUUCUGGCAAAGUACAUCCUUCUUUUAUAAAGCUGGGGGUUCAAAUGAGGAAUUGUGUGGUAGCCGGUUCAAAUGCUAGAUGUCUUGCCUUCUUGUACGCACUUAGACAAACAAUAUCAGAUUUUCUUACACCUGAACACAAACAGUUUUCUCGAUCAUUCGAAGAACACUUGGGUCCAGCCAUUGAUCAUCUUAUGGCUUGUCGGCCAUUUUCUGUAUCCAUGAGUAAUGCACAUAAAUAUAUUAUGUGGCAUGUAAAGAGAUUACCAACUAAUAUUUCGGAUGGACAUGCUAAAGAUAAAUUAGAAAAUAUUAUAAAUAAUUAUAUUUAUGUUCAAAUUCAUAUGGCUGGAAAGGCAAUUUGUAUUGCAGCUCAAAAUAAAAUUGCUGAUGAAGAUGUUAUACUAACUUAUGGAUAUUCUUCUUUAAUUGAACGGAUAUUGACGGAAGCUUACUCUAAUAACAAAAAGUUCAGUGUAAUUGUGGUUGACUCUGCACCAUGGUAUGAAGGUCGUCAAUUGUUACAUCGUCUUGUACAUAACAAUAUUAAAUGCACUUAUGUACUACUUUCGGCGACUAGUUUUAUUAUGACUAGAGCAACAAAGGUACUGUUAGGUGCACAUGCACUACUAGCUAAUGGCUACGUCAUGGGCCGAGCGGGUAGUUCUCAAAUAGCUUUGAUUGCCAAGUAUUUCAAUGUGCCUGUAUUAGUUUGUUGUGAAACAUAUAAGUUUACGGAACGUGUACAAACAGAUUCAAUUGUUUUUAAUGAACUUGGUAAUGAAAAUGAUGUUAUGCCCAAAGAACAAUGGUUAAACAAUCGAUAUUUAAUUCCGUUAUGUCUAAGAUACGAUGUGACUACUUCAGAUCUAGUAACAGCUGUAGUCACAGAAAUCGCUAUAUUACCAUGUACUAGUGUUCCAGUUGUUUUGAGGGUACGACCAAAUGAUUAUGGAAUACUUAACAAAUGAAAAGUCUGACUAACAUGAACAGCAAAAAAUAAAUAAGAAUAUGUAUAUAUUUUUUCAA